GUGCAGUUUGCCAAAAGCUGCCUCCUCUCAUUUAAUAGUAGUAGUAGUAUUCAUUUGCCUUCAAAACUUGCAAUAAUGGGGGGAGUCUAUACGUCAGAUUGACUUCUCAGACCCAUACCGUCAACGCCGCGUAAGGUCUGAGUCAGCACACGAGGAGAAUACAUCAACCCUCACCCGCCGUCCGAUCAGAUCGACGGCCCACAACCUUCCCGGACUCUCCCACUAGCGUAUCUUAAUCGCCAUUGAAGAGUGGUAGUAUUUGCUUCCCCACCUCCAAAUUUCUCACUCAACUCAACUAAAGCCCUAAUCUCUUUCCUCACAAUUCGGCGCUCCCGCUCUCAAUCAUUGCUUCCGUGAAUUUAGCUUUUCCGGUAAGUUUUUCACAUACAGUUUUCCUCUUGCGCACGGGCAUCAUGUGACUUAGCAUGCAUAUGCGUAAUUGAGUUUCGUCCAUGGUCUCCGCCGUCUUAGGCAGCGGCCGCAGAUCGAGCUGGGGCCAAUCCGUUGGGGGAUUCAUGGGGAAAAAACUCCCCCACCCCAACCAUCCAAACCCUAACCCUAGUUCCACCCCGAAGAACAAGAAAUUCCGUUCCCUAGGAGAUCGAUCGACGUCCUUAGCCCAGGCCUUAGACGAUGAGCACUCGUUCAACCAGACGCCGGUGGAAUCGCGUGACUUUUCUGAGUUCAAUCACGACCAGUACAACACCUUCGACAUCGGUUCGUCCACGAGGAACGAGCUGAUCGAGCUGAAGAAGCGGCUGGUUGAUGAACUCGAAGAGGUACGGAGGUUAAAGGAUGAUAUAGACAAUGGAAAAUUCCACUCGAAAUUAGUACCGGAAAAACGCAAGAAGGUUUCGGGAAACAAGAGGCCGAUUGAGAAACUAGUCAACCGGCCUCUUGAGAGAGAUUUAAAGGGGUUAUUGUCCGAAACGACUAUUGGUGAUCGAGCUGAUGGAUUUGUUGUUGGUGGUGGUGAGAUUGUGGAGUUGAUGAAGAUGUGCAGGGGAGUGCUGGCGAAACUGAUGAAGUUGAAGAACAGCUGGAUUUUCAAGGAUCCGGUGGAUGCUGUUGCUUUGGGGCUUCAUGAUUACCAUGAAAUAGUCAAGAAACCGAUGGAUCUCGGGACAGUGAGGUCGAAUUGCGCGAAGAACGUGUAUUCUUCGCCGGAGGAAUUCGCGGCGGAUGUGAGGUUGACGUUUGAGAAUGCGAUGCUGUAUAAUCCGAAGGGGGACGAGGUGCAUAAGAUGGCCGAGGAGCUUAUUGAUCGGUUCAAUGUUUUGUAUAGACCUAUAGGGGAGAAGUUUGAGAGUAUGAUCAAGCCACGCGAUGGUGGUUUGAGUGAUGGAUUACAGGAGGAGGGGAACUCGUGGAAUCAAGUUCUUAAACCUGAGCGGAAAAAGAAACCAAAAUUGGAUUCGAUACAGAAUUUGGAGAAGAAAUACGAUUCGCCAGUGUUGAAAUCCCCUAUCCAGGAGCCUCGUGCGAAGCCAGGGGGAGGGGGAGGGGGAGGGAACCGGGGGAAGUUACCAAAGCCAAAGGCGAAGGAUCCGAACAAGAGAGAGAUGAGCAUGGAAGAGAAAGAGAGGCUGGGUGUUGGGUUGCAAAAUUUGCCGCAGGAAAAGAUGCCGCAGUUAGUGCAGAUUAUAAGGAAGAAGAAUGCCCAUAUGGCUCCUGAAGGGGAUGAAAUCGAGCUCGACAUUGAGGCUAUUGAUACAGAGACACUUUGGGAGCUCGAUCGGUUUGUGACGAAUUGGAAGAAAAUGGCCAGUAAGAAUAAGAGACAAGCACUCAUGGCUAACACUUCUGCUGCAGCCUCCGGCGAGGACAAUGUGCUUUUGGUGAGUGAAAAAGCUGAUGCUGUGGAAAAAGGGGAAGGCGGGGAGGAAGAAGUUGGCAUUGACGACGAGUUGCCGAUGACCAGCUUCCCUCCAGUGGAGAUUGAGAAGGAUAAUGGUGGUCAUGUUGAUAUGGGUCUUCCUGCUACAAGAAGUUCUAGUAGUUCUGGCAGUGAUUCAUCAAGUGAUUCUGAUUCUGGGAGCUCUUCGGGGAGUGAUUCUGAUGCCGAUGAUGCACAAUCACGGGGACUCGAGUCCAAGAAGUUUUCAGAGACCAGUGGGGAACUUGAGUCCAGGGCAUUUUCACAGACUGGAGGUGUUUGAUGGAUGGAGAAAAAAUUGGCUGGGGGACUUGAAUGUUGGGCGAUGGAUUAAUAGGGUAUGUGGUUUUGCGUAAGCACUUACCGGUUACCAUUAGCUGAUUGUGAAUUGUUCUGUAGUAUUGACGAUUGGACUGACUUGAUAAACUGCGUUUGGCGGUGAUUGAACUAUCUGUGCGCUAUCUGAUAAGAGGACUGGCAAUUGUGUGUGGCUAUUUAGCUCUAUUUACAAUGUAACCAUCUGAAGUAGAGUGGAGGUAGCCUGAAGAUGUAGAAGUGCUGUUUGAGGUAUUGGAGUUUUAGUCUUGUUAAUUGUAAAAUAAGUAGAACUAGAGGAACAGAUGUUUUUGUACAGUUAGAACAACUAAUGCUGCCUGUACUUUUCCUUCUUACGGAAGCUUUGCGAUACAGUUCUCGAAUGUUAUUCGGCAA